AUGGCUCUCAACUCAAACCCAAUCGAACCCGAUCUAUCGGAUGCUGAUUCGUCUUAUCCCGGCUCCGGCGACUCUACGACGUACACCGAGAGUCUCACUUCGAGUGCCUUGAAUUACCAAUAUGAGAACGGUCGCCGGUACCAUUCAUACCACGAGGGCGAAUAUUUUCUGCCAAACGAUGAACAGGAACAAGAUCGUCUCGAUCUGAGCCAUCAUAUUUAUUUGAUGCUUCUCAAAGGUGUUUUACAUCUAGCGCCUAUCAAAAAAUCAGGACGUGUGCUCGAUAUUGGAACGGGUACCGGGAUCUGGGCCAUUGAAUUUGCAGAUGAGAACCCCGAAGCAGAAGUAAUCGGGGUUGACUUGAGUCCUAUUCAACCGUCUUGGGUACCACCAAAUUGUCGAUUUGAAAUCGAUGACUUUGAACAGCCAUGGUCCUUCAGCAAACCAUUCGACUACAUCCACGGCCGUGAAUUAGCAGGGGCCAUUCGAGACCAUGAAACAUUAUUCGCGCAAGCUUUUGAAAAUCUCAAACCAAACGGCUGGUUCGAGAUGGCUACCAUGGAACCCGCCACCUUCUCGGAUGACGGCACUCAUCUCAAAGCAACGUGUCUCAUGGAGGCCGUCAAGUACAUUCAACUGUCAUCACGGAUGUUCGGGAAGGAAUCAGACGCAGCAUCUUCAUGGAAGGGGAUCAUGGAAAAAGCCGGAUUUAUUAACGUUCAUGAAGUGCUACCCCAAAGUCCCUGGCCGAAAGAUGCCAAAUACAAAGAAUUGGGAAGAUACCACCAGCUCAACAUGCUCGAAGCAAUGCCGCCAUACACGUACGCAUUGUUCACUCGCAUGCUUGGAUGGCCCCGCCAUGAAAUCGAAGCCCUGCUGGCAGGUGUUCGACGUGAGUUGAAAGACCUCUCGAUCCAUUUGUAUACACGAGUAUACAUGGUAUACGGACAAAAGCCUGAAUAA